GUACUCGGCGUUUCCGAACGUGAAUUCAUGGAUCAAAUGGGCGUCUAUUUUGUCGGCUUUGUUGGACAAUAUGGUUAUGAUCGUGUACUCUCCGUACUCGGUCGUCAUAUGCGUGACUUUCUCAAUGGCCUCGAUAAUUUACAUGAAUAUUUGAAAUUCUCCUAUCCCCGCAUGCGUGCACCUUCGUUCAUAUGUGAAAAUGAAACUAAGCAAGGAUUAACCCUACACUAUCGCUCGAAACGACGUGGUUUUGUCUACUAUACAAUGGGACAGAUACGUGAGGUGGCACGUUAUUUCUAUCACAAAGAAAUGCAUAUAGAACUGGUGCGCGAGGAAAUACUAUUCGAUACGGUGCAUGUAACAUUUCAGUUGACAUUCGAUAAUCGAGCCUUUACACUGGCCUCGUUGGCCAUGACACGCGAAGAGAAACAUUUGCCAAUUAGUGCACAUGUGUUAUUUGAGAUUUUUCCAUUUUGUAUUGUGUUUGGUGCUGACAUGGUUGUUCGUAGCAUUGGAAAUUCAUUAAUGGUCAUAUUGCCAGAGUUAUUGGGUAAAAAAAUCACAGCAUGGUUCGAUCUAGUUCGUCCUUUAAUUGCCUUUAAAUUUCAAACGAUUUUAAAUAGAACAAAUAAUAUAUUUGAAUUGGUAACGGUUGACCCGGUAACCGAUAAAGACGAUGAACAGAAAUCAAAUGAAUUGAUAUUACAUGAAGAUGGUUCAGAAUCAGAGAAAUCAUUAAGGUUAAAAGGUCAAAUGGUUUAUAUGGAAAAUUGGAGAAUGAUUAUGUUUUUAGGCACUCCUGUUAUGCCGGAUUUGAAUUCUCUCAUAACGACGGGUUUGUACAUUAACGAUUUGUCAAUGCAUGAUUUCAGCAGAGAUCUCAUGUUGGCGGGUACACAACAAUCGGUCGAAUUGAAAUUGGCCUUGGAUCAGGAGCAGCAAAAGUCGAAAAAGUUAGAAGAAUCGAUGAGAAAACUGGAUGAAGAAAUGCGCAGAACAGAUGAGUUACUGUAUCAGAUGAUACCGAAACAAGUGGCGGAUCGUUUGAGAAGAGGAGAGAAUCCAAUAGAUACGUGUGAGAUGUUUGAUUGUGUUUCCAUAUUAUUUUCGGAUGUUGUGACUUUCACAGAAAUUUGCAGUCGCAUCACACCCAUGGAAGUCGUUUCCAUGUUAAAUGCCAUGUAUUCCAUUUUUGACACACUAACCGAACGUAAUUCCGUCUAUAAAGUCGAAACUAUUGGUGAUGCUUAUAUGGUUGUGGCUGGAGCUCCAGAAAAAGAUCCAAAUCAUGCUGAAAAAGUAUGCGAUAUGGCCUUGGACAUGGUUGAUGCCAUCACAGAUUUAAAAGAUCCCUCAACGGGUCAACAUUUACGUAUACGCGUAGGUGUACAUUCCGGUGCUGUGGUAGCUGGUAUUGUGGGUCUUAAAAUGCCACGAUAUUGUCUGUUUGGUGAUUCUGUAAAUACGGCUUCGCGCAUGGAGUCGACGAGUAUGGCCAUGAAAGUGCAUGUAUCCGAAUCAACAAAAGAGUUUUUGGGACCGAACUAUAGACUUACAGAACGUGGUGAGAUCGAUGUUAAGGGUAAGGGAACAAUGAAAACCUAUUGGCUGGAUGAGCGGGAACAUCGUAAACCAUUGCAAUUGUCCAUGGCUCAAGUGCAUCCACUAUCAGCAUAUCCUCCAGCGACAUCUUCGGCUUCAACAGCCUUAAUUGGAGCUACAAAGUCAGUGCCCAAGGCUAUAAUGCCGGCACCCAGCACAGUGGUAGCCAAGGAAAUACCCCCUGUCUCUAAGGCUGUUGCAGUACAAAAUCCUACAGAAGUUAUUGUCGAUAAUUCCAUGAAUGCCUCUUCUCUCACAGAAGAUCGCAGUCGCAUUUAUUCCCCCGUAACUUUCAAAGAUGUUGCCCGCCGCAGUAUAGCAAACUCACCGGUACGUUCACUUUAUGGUGGCAGCACGGUGUCACAGGAAAAAGGACGAGAAUCUCGAUCUAAUUCUACAGGUCAUGUAUUCAUGCGUUCACCUAGUGAUGUCUUUGGUUCGCUCAUCCUAGACACCGAAGAGUUCUUGGAAGAUUUACAAAUAUCCCGCAGUUCUUUGGCAAAUAAUUCACAGUGUCCCUGUAGUCCUAUACCACCGUUUCGCAUUGGUAGUGCUCCUUCUAAACCACGACCCAAUAAUCCCGAUCAAUUUACUCCCGAAGAAUUGGCCGCCAUGGAUCAGACUACCCCACCAUCAACAGCACCUGCUCGUGAUAAUUACAAUAUGAAGUCCUCAUCAUCAACAUCCAGUCUAACGGUGGAGAAAGUGAAAAAAACCAGAAAAAUAACAUUUUCGCCUAGGAUUACAAAUGUCACAACACCACAAGAAAAACUGGAGAAAACUCGUCCUGCUAUGGUCACAACUGCUCCCACCCCAGUCGCCGUAUGUCCACAAAAGAAGGUGCAGCAACAAAUGAAACAAAAACACUUGCAACAACAAAAACAACUGCAGCAAACCUGUGAAAAGAAAUUGGCAUUUACUGACAGCCGUUCCACCUCCAAAGAAUCAAUAUCAAUGCAUUCACCGCCACCCAUACGCUCAAUGUCAGCGCCGUUGCCUAUGUCUAAGGCAGCGCGUAAAGCUUUUCUAGCGGCCAAACAAACUAAAGCUAUAGAGAAAUUGGAUAAGAUGAUCGAAGAGGUCACAGAGAGUGAACAACAAAUGAAAACUUCACACUCCAUGAGAAUACAUGAUGUUUUCGGUGAUCGUAUACAGGGUCAGGGACAUGGUGAAGAUGACAUGGAUAUGGAAGGAGGUUGUCCACUGUUUUUACCACCACCUCCCAGACAUAUGGCAAAUUCAAUAUCAGAUUCCAAUAUAUGCAGUCAUGGGCACAGUCAUGGUCACGCCCCCACCAUGCAUCAUGCCCCCUGUCAUCAUGUACAUGAACCCUCCUCCUCCACCAAAAUCAGCACAAGUCAAAGUUUUAGUCAUGCCCGUCAUACGGCUUCCAUACAUCCCUGCUGUUCAGGCUAUACACCACACUCCUCCAAUGGUCGACACUCACAUCGUAUGCACUCGAAUGCCUGCGAAAUACUUUAGACUCUUGUGUGGGACAGCAGUAUGUUAUCCUUCUUUUUAGGAUAUUUAUUAAACAAAAGCAAUGGUUUUCAAAAGUGGCUUUAACAAGGGAUUGAUGAAUUUAAGAAAACAGAAAAAAACCCAAAACAAUUGGAUAUUACUAGUCGAAUACUAAUCGUAUUGUUUUGUAUUAAACUUAAGAAAAAAAUUUGAACGCUUUAAGUAUUUUGUAUGUGUAAACUAGUAAGUAUGUAGGGUACAAAUUUAACAUUUUUAGUAUAAUUAAACAAAAAAAUAGCAAAUACAAAAAGGAAUUUAAAUGGAUAAGGAAAUGGAAAAAAGUUGACCUGAUUAAGAUAAGUUUUCAAUUAAAUUAAAUCUCAUAUAAUUUCAAUAAUUUUGCAAUACAUAAAGUUCAUCUGAUUCUGAAAAUCUGUAUAUAAAUAUUGAUCUUAUAUAGUUAACUUUUGUUUAGAAAAAGUUGACCAGACAACUUUUCUAUAGGAAAAGUUAAACCAACCUUUUUAAACUAAAAGUUGAUCUGAUU